UUUUGAGAGACCACUGUAGUAAACUGAGGCGGUCUGUAUUCUCGUUAACUCUCGCGAGAUCAAACCACAAGCAAUCAUGGCGGCCGCGAUGGAUGUGGACACCCCGAGUGGAGCUAACAGUGGAGCUAGCAAGAAACGUUUUGAAGUGAAAAAGUGGAAUGCUGUUGCGCUUUGGGCUUGGGACAUUGUUGUGGACAACUGUGCCAUUUGCAGAAAUCACAUUAUGGACCUUUGUAUAGAGUGUCAGGCCAAUCAAGCCUCAGCUACAUCAGAAGAGUGCACAGUGGCUUGGGGAGUCUGCAAUCACGCGUUUCAUUUCCACUGCAUCUCUCGCUGGCUGAAGACCAGACAGGUGUGUCCCCUGGACAACAGAGAGUGGGAGUUUCAGAAGUAUGGCCAUUAGCAGCAUCUGGAAUGAUUCAGGAAUUUCUUUCCUGAGCUGCUUGCUGUUUAGAUGCCACUGUUUUCUUGUCAAAUAGACAUAUUACUCCAACGUUAAAAUGUUCUAGUUUUUUUUUUAUUUCUGUGUAGUGCGGCAUCCCAUGCUGUAAAUUAUAAAUAAAGUUUUCCAGAGUCCA